AUGAUGUUGUCAAUAGCGCGGCGCUUCGGUCGCCUCGACACAAUUCCUCAGGUCUCCAAUGUAAUUUCUGUUCGAUAUUUCUCCUCCGCGGUCCAGCAAAGCUCUCGAUCUCCGGAUGCGCCAUUUCGCAUGGCAGUGGUAGGAUCUGGACCAGCCGGAUUCUAUACUGCCUACCGAGUAAUGGGGAAAGUGCCAGGAGUGAAAGUUGACAUGUACGAGAGUCUUCCAGUACCGUUCGGUCUGGUUCGUCAUGGUGUUGCUCCAGAUCAUCCUGAGGUCAAGAAUUGCCAAGAUAAGUUUGAUGAAAUUGCAUCACAGCCUAAUUUCACAUUCAUUGGGAAUGUUUCUAUUGGUCAUCCCGGCAACUCUUCAAAACAUUGUACAAUAGAGUUGCAGAACCUCAUGCAGCACUAUGAUGCUAUUCUUUUCGCAUAUGGAGCAUCUGAAGACAAGAAACUUGGUAUCCCAGGCGAGUCGACCCUCAGCGGUAUUCACUCAGCGCGUGAAGUUGUAGGAUGGUACAACGGUCUGCCUGGAUGUUCAGGCUUAGACCUGGACCUCUCACAAGCUGAGGAAGCUGUGGUCAUCGGCCAAGGAAAUGUUGCUCUUGAUGUCGCACGGAUGCUUCUGGAGGACAUUGACGUUCUCAGAAAAACAGAUAUUACAGAGAAUGCGCUCGAGACGCUAUCCAGAAGCAGGGUUAAGAGAGUCCAUGUAGUAGGAAGAAGAGGGCCGAUGCAGGCUUCAUUCACCAUCAAGGAGGUGCGAGAACUCAUGAAACUAAAAGACGUAGGGUUUUUGCCCUUCAAUCGAUCACUCAUUCCUGAGGAUCUCAAGUCUUUGCCACGUGCCUCAAAACGACUCAUGGAAGUACUGGUGAAGGGCUCAUCAACCCCUCAUGAGACAGCUUCCAAGUCAUGGUCUUUGGAUAGCUGUCUCUCACCAAAGCAUUUUCUCGGAAACCAGGAUGCACCUUCCAAGGUGGCAAGUACGGAAUUCGACAUUACAGAACUUGCCUCACCAUUUGACCCCAAAUCAUCUGUCAAAACCACAGGCAAGACCACUAUCUUGCCAUCUGAUGUCGUCUUCCGCUCCGUCGGAUACAAAUCCGUAGCCCUGCCCGGGUUUGCUGAAAUCGGCAUUCAAUUUGAUGAUCGUCGCGGCGUUGUCGACAACGAUGGCCUUGGUAGAGUGACGAGGAUGGUUUCAGAUACGCAUGCUGGAGGGGUUCACAAUGAGAGGGUCCCCGGAGUAUACUGCGCCGGUUGGGUCAAGAACGGUCCGACAGGAGUGAUCGCAUCGACGAUGCAGGAUGCCUUCACGACGGGUGAUGCGAUUGUUCAUGACUGGCUAUCAGGAGGCAGCUUUCUCAACGCUUCAAAUCAUGACAGUGUGACUGGGUGGGAGGGCCUGAGACACGAUGCUGGGCCAUCAACAUGCCGAGCUGUUGCGUGGGACGACUGGCGGCAAAUUGACCGCGCAGAACGAGAUCGCGGACAGAAGAGCGGCAAAGAGAGAGAAAAGUUCACGAGCACGGAUGACAUGUUGGCUGUUCUCGAAUAA